UUACGGUAAUACGGACAUGACAUCAAACUGUGAAUGUUGGUGUUUUCCGCAUUCUUCCACCGCCGGUGAGCUUCAGGGCUGAUCGGACGACGCAGCUCAUUCAGUCCAAGGCGUCAGGAGCGGAGCGGGGACACAUCCAUGGGACAGACGCUUCACGGGAACAACCGACCGAGGAGCCGAGCUGUCAGAGCGGUCUGACUUUGGUGUAUGCAACAUUUGGAGGAGAAUGAACCACUUCAGGGCAACCGUUGAAUAGCCAGGAAUGGUCUGACAAGGACCAGGGGGAUUGAAGUGAAGGAAAUCAUCAUGGCAGUUAUCAAACCUGAAAAUGUUGAAGACUUCUAUGAUAUUGGAGAAGAUCUGGGAAGGGGGCAUUUUGGUCAGGUUAGACAGGUGUGUGAGCGGGCCACUGGGACAGUUUGGGCAGCCAAGUUCCUGAAGAUUCGUAAGACGGCAUGCAGUCGCCUGGGCCUGGACCGGAGCAGUGUGGAGCGGGAGGUGGAGAUCCUCCAGGCUCUCCAACAUCCCAACAUUGUGAUUCUCAAAGAUGUUUUUGAGAGCCGAGCUGAGAUGGUGCUUAUUCUGGAGCUUGUUAGUGGAGGGGAGUUGUUUGACUUCAUAGCUGAGAAGGAGAACCUGCUGGAGAGUGAGGCCAUUGAGUUCAUGAAGCAGAUCCUGGAAGGACUGGGAUUCAUGCACAGCAAGAACAUCGCCCACUUUGACCUCAAGCCAGAAAACAUCAUGCUGUCAGAUAAAGUGUCCCCACACAACAACAUCAAACUCAUCGACUUUGGCCUGGCCCACCGUUUUCAUCAGGGGGAGGAAUACAAGAGCACAAGUGGCACCCCGCAGUACAUCGCCCCUGAGGUGAUCAGCAGUGAACCUCUGAGCACAGCAGCUGAUAUGUGGAGCAUCGGAGUUAUAACCUACAUAUUAUUGAGCGGUUUGUCACCAUUCCAAGGAAAUACUGAUGAAGAGACUCUGAGGAACGUCAUUGCCAUGAACUAUGAGUUUGAUUCACGGUAUUUCAGCAUGACCAGCUCCAUGGCCAAAGACUUCAUCGAGAAACUCUUGGUGAAAGACCCCAAUGACAGAAUGACAGCUGAGGAGUGUCUACUACAUCCAUGGAUUAAGCCCAUCACCCGUAAACAGGUGGCCAAAAGGAAUCGAUCCUCAAUCAAUAUGAAGAACUUUAAGAAGUUCAAUGCCAGAAGAAAAUGGAAAAUGUCCUAUAACAUGGUGUGGAUGUGCAACAGGCUAGUCCAUUUGAAACUGCUGAAGGGCAGCUCAGAUCCAGACACGUUACAGAGACAAUGUGAAAGUGAUGUAGAAGACACCGAAAGCAAGCCGGCUUCUCUUCUGCGACGAAGACUCAGCAGCAGUUCAUAGAGCUGACCAGAGGAAGGCAAAGGAUUCCCGGAUGUUCAGCAGAGGAGAGAGGUCCAGGCUACAGAGGAAGAUCACUGAUGGGUCAAAUUGACGACUACACAUUAUGUUACACACUGUCUCUGAAACAUCUGUGAGGUGGUGUCCCAUAGAUACAAACUGCCUCAUCUGAUUCAGAAGAUUGACUGUCUUCUAAAGUUCAGAUCAUUUUCACUGUAGACACAUGCUUUAAAUGAUUCUUGUUUUGCUGAUGAUACAAUGUGUACAGAAAAAAACUUUGGGUAGAACUCUCUGUCUUCUACAGAAAAUGUAUAAUAUGUAUUAUUAAUAUUAAUAUGUCCCCAAGUCUUCCAUUACUUGAAUAUAUAAAAAUAUGAGAUCUAUUCUUGUUUUAAAUGUUGCCGUGUAAUGGUUAAUAGUAGUAAAACAUUUUUUUCAGUUAACUCUGAUAACAAGAUCUGGAAUUUCUUCUCAGAAAGUUUAAUGUCAGUAUUCUGGAAAAAAAAAUCAACUUUUCACAGUGGCCCUGAUCCUCUUUUGUAUAAAUAAUAGCAGGAAGUGGGUCAGGAAACUGUAAUGGAUGUUUACAAGAAACACAGUCCACUCAUGAUUUGAACACAAAAUGAAUCAAGAGACAGGUAGAAUUAAUGACUGGAGCAGUGGAAAUAUAAUCCAAGCUUUAUUAGUAGUAGUUUGCUUUUAAGGAGCAACUUAACACCUUUUGUGGUUGUGUUAGAUGUGUUUCACCUACAAAAAUCUGCAUUAUAGUUGGCUGUGAUCAGAACUGACCUGUUAUACCUGUAACCGCACCCAACAGUGAUGUCACUAUGCACUGACACAGUCAAAGAUACACUUCUUCAUCAUUUCAGUAAGGUAAGAAGCUCAGUCAUUGGAGGUCUGUAAACAAGAAGUUAGUCCAUGGUCCUGUUUGAGCAUCCAGUUCAAAGUGCUUUUAAAGUGUAGUAGCAAAAGAUCCUUCCUUUAGCUACAUUUAAUAGCUUGAGUUUUCAACUACAUUGCUCCUCAUUGGUUGCUGUACAACUGUCCAGGCUUCUAUAAAUCUGAGCAUAUCUCAUUAGUUGAAAUCCACUGAUGUUCCAGACAUCAGCAUUCAGCUCUAAGGGAAAUGUGGGGUUUUGGGGUGCUAUGACACAAUGACACUGUUUGUUCUUUUAUAUUUCAUACUGCUGAAGGAUACAAUAAUGGACUGUAUAGAAACAUACAUGUGUUGUAAAUAACAUGGCCAACUAUACCUCUUACAUUUGUUAUUGUCACUUGAACAACCCUAACAUUGAGAAUUUUGAAAUGUUGCCAAAGCUAAACUGUGUCUUUAGUCUUGGGCUUGUUUGUUGAUAUCACCUGUAUUUGUGUGUUUAAAGUUUGAUUAAAUUUUCACAUAUCAGUUGAUUUAUUUGAUACAGCACAUUGUAGUAAGUCUAAGACAGUGCAACUGCAGUAGCUGUGAUCACUGUAAUAAGCUAUUCUUGAGUUUAAAUGUAUUUAAAAUUUAAAUUUACAUACAUCACAAAUUAAAGAACUGAACUGUUAAAAGUGGUGAUUAUAAUAAAGUACGUUUUUUUAAUAUCGAAA